AGAUUGGGAGGUGCGAUCGAUGCUUACCUAGUUGCGUACCGCGUAGUGUAAGCCGCAAAAUCUGAUGCUCUUCUCAUUUUGCUUUGCUUAUUAUACCUUCCUUGAAUUUGUUCUCUCCUAACGCACUCCCAUUGUUCCGAUUCUUCAACAUCAAAAAGUCGGAGCUCUCCCAGCUUUCUCAAUUGGUUCCAUUUCAUAUCCACCGCUAAUAAGGCUUUCCAAUUACUCCUUCCUUUCCUUCUCUUCUUCCUAUAAAUGGACUCAUUCACAUUUUUAUUACUUCAAUUCAAUUUCCCUGUCGGACGACGGUCUUACAGGGAAAACCAAUUCCAAGUUAUUACUCUCUUUGCUCUUGUAAUUUAAGAUUGAACAUGGCGGAAAAGAGCCAAGUGAUUGCGUGCCAUACCGUUGAAUCAUGGAAGCAGCAGCUUCUCAAAGGGAAACAAUUUGAUAAAUUGAUUGUCGUGGACUUCACCGCUGCAUGGUGCGGUCCCUGCCGUGCCAUUGCUCCGGUUUUUGUAGAGCUGGCUGAGAAGAUGAGUAAUGUCAUUUUCUUGAAGGUCGACGUUGAUAAAUUGACUACUGUUGCUGCGGAGUGGGGAGUGAGUGCAUUACCUUGUUUCAUGUUCUUGAAGAAUGGGAAGAUGGUGGAUAGGUUUGUAGGUGCAAGAAAAGAUGCAUUGCGGAAGCUCGUAUCACACCAUGCCUAAUCUAAUGGGGAAACUCUAUGCUGAGGAGAUAACCACCACCUUUCUUUUUUCUUGGAUUUCUAUCAGAACCAGAAAAAGGUUUAUGCAACUUUUGUGAGUUGCUAUAAAUUGAUGCUUUUUAGUUAGCACAACUUUUAUUUUUCUUGUUUAGGAUUGUUUUUAAGUCAUUUUUACUAUUUCUAGAGGCUAUCAGACUUGUUGUGUAAUGAAUGAGCAUCUAUUAUUUUCUUGAAUAAAAAUCAGCACCUAUUUACAGUUU